AUGGCUGAACCAAACUUCCCUCCCCUUCCUGGGUUCAUCCCAGUGAAACCCUGCUUCUAUCAGGAUUUUGAGGAGAUCCCAGAACAUCAUCGCAGCCUGUGCAAGAAAAUGUACCACCUGUGGAUGUUGAAUACAGCGACACUUGCGGUGAACCUAAUUGGCUGCUUCGCCUGGAUGUUCGGUGGAGGCGGAGUCACAAACUUUGGCUUGGCCAUCAUCUGGCUCAUCAUGUUCACACCGUGCUCCUAUGUGUGUUGGUUCAGAGCCAUCUACAAAGCGUUCAAGACUGACAGUUCUUUCAACUACAUGCAGUUCUUCUUUGUGUUCAUGGCCCAAGUUGGAAUCAGCAUCAUUCAGAGCAUAGGAAUCCCUGGGUGGGGUGUUUGUGGUUGGCUGGCGACCAUCUCCUUCUUCAGCUAUAACAUUUUGAUUGCAUUGAUCAUGCUUGUCCCAACAAUCAUGUUCACUGCUGUUGCCUCUCUGUCCUUCAUGGCCCUGACCAAGAUUCAUAACUUCUACCGUGGAAGUGGGGCGAGCAUGGCCAAGGCGCAGGAGGAGUGGGCCACAGGGGCGUGGAAGAACCCUCAUGUGCAGCAGGCAGCCAUGGGGGCAGCAGCUGGGGUCAUGCAGGACCAGUACUCCAGCCCAGAGUACAACCAGAACCAGAACCAGAACCAGGUGUAG